CUCUGCGCACUCAUUCCUUCAGGAGCGGGCUGACUGAGAAAACGCCAGAGAAGCUGAUCCCCUCAAUGCUACAAGAGCCGGCAGUAGCCUAUCCGUCCAGAAAAUGUAAAAGAAAAGAGUAAACGAGGGGCUGGAUAAAGCAGAGUUUGGUUCUGUGCGCUGCGGGGCUUUGCGUUUGGAGAGCGGAGCGCGGCGCAGCGCAGCGCGCGUUCACAGCGGAGACUUAAAGGCGUCCUCGCGGGACAACUCUCAGAGACUUCAUCUGUCAAGAUGCUACUUAUGUCGGAGCUGCUGGAUACGGCUCCUAGAUGAAAACGACUCCGGAGAGAGUCGCUCCGCACGGUGGAACACCGGCGACCAUGUCGGAUAACUCCAGUGAUUUCAACGACACGCUGCCGGCGGCGGCUGCGGUCACGCACUACAACUUCCCCGCGCUCAUAUUCGGGGUUCUGCUGAUUGUGAUCAUCACCGGGGGGAACGUGCUCGUGUGCCUCAGCGUGUAUCUGGAGAAAGCUUUAAAAACCACAACAAACUACUUCAUAGUCAGUCUGGCGUUUGCAGACUUGCUGCUGGCGGUGCUGGUGCUGCCGCUCUUCGUUUACGCAGAGUUUCAGGGCGGAGUUUGGUCCUUGAACAUGCUGAUGUGUGACAGCCUGAUGACCAUGGAUGUGAUGCUGUGCACCGCGUCCAUUUUCAACCUGUGUGCAAUCAGCGUGGACAGGUUCAUUGCCGUGUCCAUCCCUCUAAACUACAACCGUAAACACGUGGACCAACGUCAGCUGGUCCUGUUGUCGGCCACCUGGCUGCUGGCCCUCGCCGUGGCCUCGCCCGUCAUCUUUGGCAUCAACAACGUGCCUAACCGCGACCCCAGUGAGUGCAAACUGGAGGACAACAACUAUGUGGUUUAUUCCUCGGUUUGCUCCUUCUUCAUCCCCUGCCCCAUCAUGGUCCUGCUCUACUUCGGGGUUUUCCGCGGGCUGCGGCACUGGGAGGUGACUCGUAAGGUCAAACUGCGCAGCAGCAUCGAGGCCUGCAGGAAGCUGCAGCACGCCGCCGUCGCCACCGCCUUCCCCCCGCUGGCAGGCACCAUCCCCGGGCCUCUGCCCAUGCCUCUGCCCAGGAUCAUCGAGAGGGACUUGGCCCAGUCUCGGCUGGACGAUACGGACGACUACAUGCAGCAGGAGAUUCCUUAUCCCCGGCAGUACAGAGAGAACUCGGUACCCACGGUGACGUACAGCCAAAAGCUGCGCAUGAAGAAGAGAGCCAAGAUCAACAGUAGGGAGAGGAAAGCUAUGAGGGUGCUGCCUGUCGUAGUGGGUUGCUUCCUGUUCUGCUGGACUCCGUUCUUCGUGGUGCACACGACUCGAGCCGUCUGUGUGACGUGCGACAUCCCCCCCGGUCUGAUGAGCACCGUCACCUGGCUGGGCUACGUCAACAGCGCUCUCAACCCCAUCAUCUACACCAUCUUCAACACCGAGUUCAAGAAAUUCUUCAAGAAAUGUUUCAGCAGCUGCUGUCGGAUUUCCCUCCUCAGACGCUAAAGGAAAGAAACUGGAGGGUUUCCAGUUUGGCCAGUCAGCUGAUCUCGGGUCUGCCAUGCUGGAUCUGGAUGCCUAAAACUGAUGGUAUCUGGCUGGCAGGAAGAAUACGCUUUAACACAGUUAAAUAUAUCACAUUUUGUCAUUUGGGGGAUGUACUUUUCUUGAUCCUCUGGGAUGACUGCCCCAACAAAAGGAUGUUGGAAAAUAAAGCUGCAGCUAAACACACUCGAACUCUCCUGCCUGAGAGGAACUUUACCCCCCUUUCAGUUUGACUGUACAGCACGCCUUUACUGUACAUCAGCCUUGGUUGUUGUUGGUCUGCCAGUUCCAGAGAACGACGUGGGAUUUGUGCUGCGCCUGGUCUGCCCAAAAGGAUUAACCAGGGCAAAAUUGUCCCCAAGAUGCAGAACGACUGAAUAAGCUUCAACAGACCAGAAUGUCAUGCAGCUGGAAGCAGCUUAAUGACAAAAUAAAUCUCUAAAAAGGACUAGUUUACUAUUUUGGAAAAUACGUUUAGUCGCUUUCUUGCUGAGAGUUGGAUGAUUAGAUCAAUACCAUUCUCACGUCUGUACGCUAAAUAUGAAGCUACAAUCAACAGCUGGUUACAACAAUAUGUAGUUUUACAAAGCGUUAUGAUUUUGGGGCUAUUUCUGUCCGGGGGGGGGUAACUUACUGGAAACCUGCGGACACUGCAUGCUAGCUUUUUCCCUCCGUUUCUAGUCUUUAUGCUAAGCUAAGCCAACUGGCUCCAGGCUGUGUGAGAGUGGUAUGGAUCUUUUCAUCCAACUCUCGUCCAGAAAGCUAAAAAGAGGACAACCCAAAACGUUUUACGAUUUCUUUAAAGCAUUUGUUUCCAAACGGGGGUAUGUGUACCACCAGGGGCGGAAAAAGACUCGUAUAUAAGUUUAUAAGUUUAUAUAUAAGGUUUGCGGCGUGUGUAGUUGGAGGUUGAAAGACUGAAGGGGUACAGGACUGUAGUGAAAGGUUGUGAAACACAAAGUUCACGUCAGUCCUUCCGGCACUGUCAAAUGUUAAAUAAGACAUUAAAGUUCUUCUGGGAAAUGCCAAAAAUCACCAAUUAAUCAACGAGUGACAGCAGAGAGGCUGGUCGAAGGGAAGUACGGACAAAACGCUUCAUCAACUAAAGAUCCGCCCGGGAUCUGAAGCGUGUUAUCAAGAUGUAUGAGUGGAGUUUUUAACCUUUAGAGGAGCAGCUGGAU